AUGGCGGAGAAGCCCAAGCACCUCGACCCUUCUGAGCUCGGCACCCGCGAGUACUGGGACAAGCUCUACACGACCGAAAUAGCCAACCACGCCGCAAACCCCGACGACAUCGGCACCGUCUGGUUCGACGACUCCGACGCCGAGAGCAAGAUGCUCGCCUUUCUCGACCGUCUCGCCGGCAACAUCCCCGACUCUGGCUCCGAAGCCUCCUCCUCCUCCGACCCCGAAUCUUCCUCCUCGCCGCAGACAGUCACAGCUACCAGCCUGUGUAAGGAAUCUGCCUCCAUUGUCGACCUCGGGUGCGGCAACGGCUCCAUCCUCUUCGCCCUGCGCGCGCGCGGCUGGCUCGGUCCCCUCGCCGGCGUCGACUACAGCGCGCACUCCAUCCGCCUCGCCUCCCAGAUCGCCGCCGCCGCCUCCACCCAAGAACCACCCUCCUCCUUCGCCAUCCGCUUCGUCGAGUGCGACCUCCUCCACGGCCCGCCCCUGUCCUCCCUCCUCCCCGCGCCGAACACGUUCGACGUCGUGCUUGACAAGGGCACGUUCGACGCGAUAUCCCUCAGCGACGCCACCGACGACCGCGACCGCCGCGCAUGCGAGGGCUACAGGGCGCGCGUCCUGCCGCUGCUGCCGGUCGGCGGGCUCUUCCUGAUCACCAGCUGCAACUGGACGGAGGACGAGCUGCGCGGGUGGUUCGUGGGCGGCGAGGGUGUGGACGGUGCCGUGUUCGAGGAGGCCGGCCGGGUCAAGUACCGGUCGUUCAGCUUUGGCGGCGUCUCAGGCCAAACUAUAAGCACUCUCUGCUUCCGUAAAGUCUCGUCCCAAGCGUCAUCCUCCAGAUAG